UCAUUCUUAUCCCUCUCUUGUCUCUCGGAGACUUCCAAAUCUAAGAAUACGAUGCAGAGAGAGAGAGAGAGAGAGAGAGAGAGAGAGAGAGAGAGAGAGAGAGAGAAUGGGUUAAUCUGCAGUACAUUGAAGCUGGGUUUUAGUGUGAACAGCGUUUGUUGAUCAAAGAAACUUUGGCUUAUUUGGAUUGAAAAAGAUGUUGCACUUUAUCAUUCAUAAGGGCAGCACCAGCCUUUGGUACAAAACCCACAAAUUGCUUCUUCAGUUUGAGUAGAGGUGAAAGUCCUGAGGCAGAGAGAUUGAGGAACUCUUAAAUUAGGGGGUGAGGGGGGAAGUAUAUAGCUAUUUGAUUCUGGCUUGGAACCAUUAUCUGUGGAGAGAAGGGGGCCACCAUCAUUGGUUGAAGUCCAAACCGAUAUUUCUGUUACUUGCAGCCGGUGUCAUGGCCACUGUGUUGCAUUCAGAGUCAAGGCGCUUGUACUCCUGGUGGUGGGAUAGUCACAUCCCCAAGAACUCAAAAUGGCUUCAGGAUAAUCUUUCGGAUAUGGAUACCAAAGUCAAAUCAAUGAUCAAGCUCAUUGAAGAAGAUGCGGAUUCUUUUGCAAGGAGAGCGGAAAUGUACUACAAGAAACGCCCAGAGCUCAUGAAACUGGUGGAAGAGUUCUACAGAGCUUAUCGUGCAUUGGCCGAGAGGUAUGAUCAUGCAACUGUCGAGCUUCGCCAUGCACACAAAACCAUGACGGAGGCAUUCCCGAACCAAUUUCCUUUUGAAAUGAGCGAUGAUUCUGCAUCAGUUUCUUCCGAGCCACCGCAAGAUCAUCCAUUUUAUGAAUCCGAAGACCUGCAAAAGGAUGGUAGUAGUACGGCUAAAAGGGGCUUAAGGCAGGUGAAUGAGCUAUUUGGGAAUCCUGAUGCUAUUAAAUCCGAUACAGAAGUUGAAGCCUUGAAGAAAACUUUAAUGGAGCUUCGGGCUGAGAAAGAGGCUUUGAAUCUUCAGUAUCAGCUCAGUUUGAACAAGCUAUCUAGACUGGAACAAGACCUUGACAAUGCUCAAAAUGAUGCUAAAGGACUCGAUGAUCGUGCUACCAAAGCCGAAUUUGAAAUUAAGAUGCUGAAAGAAGACUUUGCAAAAUUAGAAGCAGAGAGGGAUGAUGAGCUUCUUCAGUAUAAUCAAUUGACGGAGAGAAUAGCAGAGCUGGAAUUUUCGAUUUCCCAAGCACAAGAAGAUGCCAAGAGGCUCGCUGACCGUGCUUCUAAAGCAGAAACGGAAGCCGAGAGUCUCAAGCAAGAGCUUUCUAGAUUGCAUGCUGAGAAGGAAGCUGGGUUAGCCCGAUACAAGCAAUGCUUGGAGACAAUAUCUACUCUAGAGAAUGAAAUCAGAAAUUCUGAGGAGAUUGCCCGGAUGUACAAAAAUCAAUCUGAAAGGGCAGAGAAUGAAAUCAAAGAACUGAAACAAGAAGUUAUGAAGUUGAAUGAAGAAAGGGAAGAGUUGAAUAUUCGGUACCAGCAGUACUUGGAGACAAUAUCAAAGCUGGAGAGCGAACUUUCUCAUGCUCAUGAAAAUGCCAAAAGACUGAGCAGUGAAGUUCUUGCUGGAGCUGCGAGAUUAAAGACUGUGGAAGAUCAGUGUGCUUUUCUGGAAAGCUCGAAUCAAAAUCUGAAGGAAGAAGCCAGCAAUCUAAUGCAAAAGAUGGCAGCUAAGGAUCAGGAACUUUCCGAAAAGCAAAAUGGUCUUGAAAAGCUUCAGGCUUUACUCCAAGAGGAAUUCUCUCGGUUAUCAGAACUUGAAGCCAACCUUAGAAACCUGAAGAAUUUGCAUUCUCAGUCUCAAGAGGAACAAAAGGCUCUCACUUUAGAACUUCAAAGCAGGGUUCAGAUGUUGAAGGAUCUGGAAGUGUUCAAUCAUAAGUUGGAAGAUGAUCUCUGCUCGGUUAACGAAAAAAACCGAAACUUGAGUGAAUUGAAUAAUUCUUCUACCGUCUCCCUGCAGAUUCAGCAAUAUGAAAUAUCCAGUUUGAAAGAGAUGAAAGAAAAGCUUGAGGAAGAAGUUGCAAGACAAAUGAACCAAGGCAAUACCCUUCAAAAAGAGGUCUAUCAUCUGAAGGAUGAAAUUGACAAACUGAAUCGGAGAUACAAGACAUUGAUGGAGCAAAUUAGACUUGCGGGUUUGGAUCCUGAAUGCCUUGCUUCCUCUCUUAAGAAACUUCAAGACGAAAACUCGAAGCUGAUCGAAUUGUGCGACAUCCAGAGAGGCGAGAAGGAAGCUCUGACAGAGAAGUUACAUGAAAUGGAUGAUAUUUUACGGAAGAAUGAUUUUCUGGAGAAAUCGCUAUUGGAAUCAAACACCAAACUGGAAAGCUCUAGGGAGAAAGCAAAUGAUCUGCAAGAACGAUGUGAAUCUUUACGGGAGGAGAAAUCUGAGCUUGUUGCUGAGAGAUCUAACUUUCUAUCUCAGUUACAACUCAUGGCUGAGAAUAUGCAAAAGCUCUUGGAUAAGAACACCUUGUUGGAGAAUUCUCUUUCUGGCGCAAACAUUGAGCUUGAAGGUCUGAGGUCGAGAUCAAAAUGCUUUGAAGAAUUCUUCCAGCUGCUCAAAAAUGAAAAAGCCGAACUUCUGAAGGAAAGAGAAUCUCUUGUCUCUCAAAUGAAAAGGGUCGAGGAGAGGUUGGGAGUUUUGGAAAUGAAAUUUUCGGAAUUGGAGGGGAAAUGUGCUGAUUUACAGAGGGAAAAACAGUUAACGAAUUCUCAGGUGGAAGAAUUGCAUGUUUCAUUAGCUGCCGAGAAGCAAGAACGCAAUACUUAUGAACGAUCAAUGGAGACCAGAUUGGCUGAUCUUCAGAAAAAUGUGAGCUAUCUUCGAGAAGAGUGCCGUUCCAGGAAGAAAGAGUAUGAGGAAGAGCUUGACAGAGCUGUAAAUGCUCAGGUUGAGAUCUUCAUCUUGCAAAAGUUUAUAGAAGACUUGGAGCAGCAAAACUUCACUCUCCUGAUCGAGUGCCAGAAAUACGUCGAGGCAUCUAAAUUCUCGGAGAAACUUAUUUCCGAGCUGGAAAGCGAGAAUCUUGAGCAGCAGAUGGAAGCAGAAUUCUUGUUGGAUGAGAUUGACAACUUGAAGGGUGCUAUCUAUCAAGUGUUGAAGGCACUUCAACUCGAAGCAGAUUACAAGCUUGCAGACCGUAAGAUUUCGAAAGAAAGGAUUCAAGUUUCGGGUAUCGUCGGAGAGAUAGAUGACCUAAAGUAUUCACUUUCUAGUACCGAAGAUGAGAUGCAGAGACUUGUAGUUGAGAACUCAGUGCUUUUAUCUCUGCUUGGACGAUUCCAGUCAGAUGGUUUGCAAUUGGAAUCCAAGAAGAACACCCUCGAGAAGGAUUUAGAUAUGAUAAUAGAGCAGCAUGAAUUGAUGAAGAAAGACAAGCAAGAACUACUGGAAAUGAACCAGAAGUUGAAAUCGGAAUUGAUCAAGAACGAGCACCAGGAGCAAGAGCUAAGGGCUGAAUUGUUAACUGAGCAUGUAAAGGCUGAGAGCUUGCACAAAGCAUACGAGGCUCUACAACAAGAGUAUUCCAAUGCCCUCGACAAUAACGAAACUUUGCUUCAGAAGUUUUUGGAACUCAAGGGAGAAAUGUGUAUACUCGAGAAAGAAAAUGUCGCAAUUCUUCAGGAAGCUGUAGCUUUAAGCAGCACGUCAGUUGUUUACCAGUCUGUCGGGUCUGAAAGAGCUGAAAAAAUCAAAGCGUUCGCUGAAAAUAUGGACAGUUUGCAAGAAAUUAAUGUGGGCCUCAGACACAAGAUUGAAACAAUGGAGGAGAAUUUAAGAGGUAAAGCAGCAGCAGGUCAGAAGCUUAGCAAGAAACUGGAGAAGUUACAGGAAGGAUUGCAAGAAGCAAAUGAACUGAAUAAUGUCUUAGAACAUCGAAUUUCAGACAAAGAUGAGAUUUUCAGACAGAAGGUGGCGGAGCUCCUAGAAGCAGAACAGAUCCUCAGAGCUACACAUAAAGCAAAUGUGGAAUUGUCCGAAGCAGUUGAGGAACUGAAGAAGGAAUGUGAAGAAUCGAAGCGAAUGAAGGAAAACUUACAGAGAGAGAUUUCCCAACUUUCUGACCUAACCAGGACUCAGGAGGAAGAGAUUAAAAAGCUUAACAAUCUGAAUGAGAAUUUGGAAUCUAAGGUAGAGAUAUUACACAAGGAAAUCCAAGAACAACGUGUUCGAGAGGAGAUUUUGAGUUUGGAGUUACAGGAGAAAAGCAAUGAGUUUGGAAUUUGGGAAGCCGAGGGUACAUCUUUCUACUUUGAUCUACAGAUCUCAGCUGUCCGGGAAGUUUUGCUCGAGAACAAAGUUCAUGAACUCACCAGAGUUUUCGAGAAUCUCAAAGAUGAAGCUGUUGCAAAGACCACUGAGAUUGAACAGAUGAAAGAAACAGUGGGGUUCUUGGAACGUGAAAUCGAUGAACUGAAGAUCCAGUUAUCGUCUUAUGAUCCAGUUGUUGCAUCUCUGGCUGAAGAUAUAAAAUCUCUCGAGAAAAGUGCACUUUCUUUGACAAAACUUUCAGGAACAGCCGAUCAAAACGGACAGGGUCUCGAGCUCGAGCAUGAUGACCAUUCGGAAGCAACAGUUUCCCGAGAAUCUGAAGGGCAAAGGAAUGCAACACCGGGAAAUGGGAUUGUGCUUCUGGAGGAGAUUAAAGCAAGAAUCAAAACCAUUGAGAAGGCAGUUAAACAGAAAAGAAGAAGCUCCUCAAAUAGAAGCAGAGGUCACAAGAAGAUGGAAGAGAUAGAACUCGAGAACAAGGUCUCUGAUGAAAUUAGAACACCGAGAUCAAGAGCAGGGAUGACUGAGAUGAAAGGCGGAUUAUUGAUGAAAGACAUUCCUCUUGAUCAAGUUGCAGAUUCUUCGUUUCAUGGAAGAAGUCGGGGGAAUAGCCGUGGUUCCAAUGAUCAGAUACUCGAGUUGUGGGAAGAAUCUUCUGAACCAGAGGCCAGCAUAAAGGCUCUCAUCAACAAUAACAACUCGAAUAAACCAGAAAAAUCCUGUCUCCAUCACCGCAGGAGUAGGAAUCCCUCUGGAGAAUUACAGUCUGAGAAAGUGGUUGGAGUCGUUGACAAGCUAGAGUUAUCCAGAAGCAUUGAAGACACUGCAAAGAUUCAGGAGAGACUUCUGUCUGAUUCUCAGAAACUGACGAGUCUUCGGGUAAGCAUUAGAGAUCUAAAAAGCAAGCUUGAGAUGAACGAGAAAGGCGGAUUCAGUAGUAACCCGGAUUAUGCAAGAGUGAGGAAAGAGUUGAAAGAAAUGGAAGAAGCUAUCUUGCUACUGGUAAACACGACCGAGAUUCUGUUAAAGGAAAUGGAGGAGACAGUAGAUGCUAGAGAUAUAUACAGAAAGGUGGUAAUGGAGAAAUCGAAAAAUGGGUCUGAGAAGAUAGAGCAGUUGCAGUCCGAGAUGAAGAACAUCGAGCUGAUGGUGCUGAAGCUUGAGGACAGAUCCAAGAACAGGUCAAGUAAAAAGUUGUCAGAGAACCGGACAGUGAUACUGUUGAGAGACAUUAUUCACAAGGGAGGCAAAAGAACUGCAAGGAAGAAGAAGAACAGGUUCUGUGGAUGUAUGAGAUAUUCAAGUAAUGAAGAUUAGGGUUGGCUAAAUAACAUAACAAGCAUCUAAUUUACUAUCUAAUAAGAUCUCCAUGGAUGAGUCUGCAAGGCUGUUAGAGCAAGUACUCUCUAGCUUAUGCUAAUCUUUAUGUAUCUCAACUCAUAUUCAGUCAAUAAUGUUUCAAAGACAGUUUCUUGAAAA